AUGUCGGAAAUAGAUGUUAAGAGACGGGUUAAAGUCACAUGGAGUGAUGACUUGAGCCAUAACUCUGAAGAGGAUAGAGAACGAGAGCGUCUAGCAAAGUUAGAGAGAGAGUUGGCUGAGCAACCAGUAAAACCUGUGUACGAACCUAAAGAGUUAGAGAAAUUAGUGUCUUAUGUCAUGAAAAUGACAACAUUGUAUGAUCUAAGAGACGAAGAUUGGAAUCAGGAAACCAAAAAGGCCAUUGAAGAGUGGAUCACAGAACCUCGAGCCUUAAUACUUUGCGUAUAUUUUAAGGGUGACAGACUGAAAGCCUCUUGCGACAUUCCUCUUUCCCCAGUUUAUGAUAUGAUGUACUUUUUACGUCAACCUGAUUUAGUAUUUAAAGCAGAAACCUUUCAUGAUGAUGUGGUCUUCGGAACGUUUGUUGAUUCUGUUGAAGCAAACAUGAUUCAUGUGUUAGAGCUGAUGUAUGCACCAUAUUUCUUUGCCAUAACUACUUGGCCUGAUAGUGUCAAAAGUGAAUUUUGUUCUCAAUUACAUACAUUUCUAGCAAAGCUUACAGAUAUGUAUUAUAAAAUGCUUGGCCUUACCGUUUUGUAUAUACCACGAGAAGGUCAACAUCUUUCAUUUGAAAAAGCUAGUACCGACCGAGAAUUGGUGAAAAGACUGGAAGGUGUUGUUGUAUAUUGGACUCAUCAGAUAAAGUCCUGUAUAGAAGACCAAGCAUCUGUAGCUUCUCAAAAGGAAUUGUUGUGCCCUAGUGAUGAAUACGAUUUUUGGGUAUACAGACAUGAAAAUUUAAGCGCACUAAUACAUCAACUAAAGAAUCCGGCAGUUAAACAUAUUACAAAAAUACUAGUUACGACACAUUCCACAUUCAUACAUCAGUUCCAGUCAUUGUGCGACGAAAUCAUGCAAAAAAUUAAUGAAGCCACUUCUAAUAUAGAAUAUUUGCAAGUUAUAAAACAACCUUGUGCAAUACUAGAGUGUGUGGUGGAUCCGGAUGAAAUAUCAAAGCAUGUGCCGACGAUCAUCAAUCUGUUCAGAUUUAUAUGGAUGGAAUCCCCAUACUAUAACUCUGAAACUCGUAUCACAAAUCUAUUCAAAGCUUUGAGCAACCAAAUCAUCAUACUUUGCAAAAAUUAUAUCAAAUUAGAAGAGCUCUUUAGUGGACAGACUAAGAAGGCAUUAGGGGAAUUCACAAAGUGUAUUGAUUGCUGUAAAAUGUAUAGAGAAAUUUAUGACUUAAUGGCUGAAGCUCAUAGUGAGGUUAAACCUGGAUCGUGGGAAUUGGACACGGGCUCCAUUUUUAAUUACAUUGACUCAUUCAUUCAAAGAUGUUUUGAUAUGUUAGAUGUCUGUAACUGCAUGAUUAUAUUUGGCAGAAUUGACGAGUUAGAAGUAAUUAGCAAGCCAAUGUUUGGAGGUGCCCGUGGAGAUCAAUUCGAAGCGAAAUGUGAUCAAAUUGAGCACAUGUUUCAUAAUGCCUUGGAUAACGUGAAAGCAGUUGCUCACAAUAUAUUGGACGUACAAGCGCCAUCGUGGUAUGAUGAUAUACUGCAGUUUAGGACGGUUAUUAAAGAUAUUGAGAUAAUCAUUGAAAACUUAGUGGAAUCUGUAUUUGAAGGUGUAAAUCAUGUGGAAGAAGCAGUUGUGGCCCUAUUUUCCUUACAUAAUUAUUCUAAAAGAAAUAAUCUUAGGCGUAUUUUUAAAAGAAAAACUGCUGAGGCAAGUAUUAAGAAACAUGAGCUUUUAAAAACUUUGGUAUGGGCGAUGUUCAGUGACGAAGUGCAGGAAGCUAAAAAGGAGACGGUGACCUCCCGCGGGCUGCACCCCGCCGACCUGCCGUCGUUUGCUGGACGAGCUGUGUUGCUGCGUGUGCGCAGGAAUAGAUUGGUUUAUCUGAAAAAGGUGAUGACAGACGCGUCUGUAUGGCUAUUGCCGUGCAGUAACUCUGAAGACGUGAUAAUGCACGUGAACAGGUUGGUCGGUGCUAUCGAUGUGGCAAUCAGAGAGCUGUGGAUUUCUUGGACUCAUAACGUCGAUGAGAAGUGUGCCGCAGGACUGAACAAGACGCUAAUGAGAAAAAGUGCAGAAAACCAUGGCCUUUUGGAGUGCAAUAUUGAUGUGAACAUAUUAGAAUUGUGUAGAGAGGCCAGUCAUUGGGAGAAUCUUGGUCUGGACAUUCCGCUUCACGCUUACCAGGUGUUUAUGAAAUCUAAGACAAUUUUGUACGUUUACGAAAGCGUGCUCGCAGUUGUGAAAGGGUACAACAAGAUACUAGACUCUCUUUCCGAUGAAGAAAGAUUGCUGUUCAAACCUCUUACUUUGGUAAGU